UGAGCCGCCAGCGAACACGGUCGUGCCUUGCGGGAACUCCCUAGCUUGACACACACACACUUGUGAACCUUGAUGCUUGUUUGACAGUUUGUGUUAGAAAAUGUUGAAAAUGUUGGCGUGUAGUGUGGUGGUGCUGGCCGGGGCAGUCCACGGCAUAGAGUUGAUAGAGAACUACUACAAGGGAGAGAAGUAUGAGCCCGAGGGCCGCGCCCUUGAGGAACGUUAUCCUUAUUCUUCUUCCCUCAUCUCUGCUACCUUUGCCCCUGGUGCCCUGACUAAUCCGCACCCGCAGCUUACCUCAGAGGUGCUGCAGGCCCGCAAGAUGGCCGAGGAGGAGGGCGGUGACGUGCCCUUCGCGAGCUUGAUGCAACAGCUGGGUAUGGCGCUGCACGGCACACUGCCCAACAACCAGCUGGGGCAGACAAGCAAGGCGGGAGAACCACGCAACAUUGACACCAAACCCGAAGGAAAAAAGGAUGAUCUUCACUACCACUUCUACCCCCACAACCAACACCUCUUCAACUUGCCCGAGUGUGCCACCCAGCAGGUGUGUAACGCAGUGUACAAGCGUCUCAAGUUCACACAGCCUCUAUGUCAGUGUCCCCAAGGCAGUGACCCAUGCAGCGUCUCCUACCUCCCCAACGACGAAAGAUCCAUCGAGCUCUCCAUGGGCGGCCGAGAGACACGGGGCGACUCUCCAAGUACUGAAAUCUCGCCCUUCCAGGCGACGACGCUCAUCAAGACGUGUGAACCUGUGUGGAGUGUGAGGCAGUGUCGUAAACCCCGGGACUGGUCCAUCCUCGCCCUGCAGAACACCCGCACUGGCAAGGCUCACUACCUCGUCAUCUGCAAGUGUCCCGACACCUCUAAGCUGGAGGGUCCCCUCAACCACGACCAGCCCACAUACGCCCAGGUGCCUGGUAUCCGUGUCUACGGCAUGAUGUGUGUCAGCAGGAACUACCGUCGUGCUGGUCGUGGCCUUCCAGGUGAGAGCGAGGCGAGUUUCCCAUGGGAGCGAGUGACGGCGGCGCUGGAGGGGGGACAACUGCUGAAGGACCUGAUGGACGAAGAGGACGUCGGCACCCCAGCUCUCAUCCCUCUCCACUGACCUCUGACAUCUACCUGAUUGACUGUCAUGAUUAGCUAGUAUCCAUGUCUGAACCCAGAGCCUCAGAGGCAAGACACUCACUAGACAUAUGACUGUUGCCUAAAGCAUAUUGUGAGUGAUUGGUGGGUGACGACUUCCAAAAUGACUCUUUUUUUGAGCCAUUGACCUUCUUGUUCUCUCUUCACUGUCAUUGUCAUCCUCAUUCAUGGCUCCUUUGUUUUCCCUUUUUUUCUGGGGUGAGACACGUAAAAUAAAAGGUUAGUGGCACCAAAGGUGUUUUUUUUUUGUGGCGGCAGUGUUCAGUUGUUCGUCUUGUGUGGGAGUUAUUCACUUGUAUGCACGUAUGUCUAAACCAGUGCUCAGACAGAAUCAAAAUGGUGACCACAUGUAGUGACUGGUAUGUAUUGACCACAUCAAUCUUGGUGUAGGCUAUGUGUUUAUGUCUGUUUACUGGCCGCACCACACCAGUACCAUGUUCAUCUCUACAUACAGGUCAUAUGUUAUUCCUAUAUACCUGCAUGACAACAACAUAGCACACAUAUUGAUCCCACAUACUGGGACCAUAAUCCUUAUACACAGGUCGUGAUGGUGAUUUACACGGUACUUACUAUUCAUUCAAUAUUUUAAUGUGUGAUGGGGAACUCUUUAACAUUCAUAAAUAUAUAAUUAUGCUCAUUACACUGGAGUCUUCAGCUGGACUGGAGCAUGAACGAGCAUGGACCCAAAACAACGGUGGAGACGUAGACCUCCUUCACCUUCUUAUAUUAAACACUAAAGAGACAUGGACAAUGAGGGAGACUUUGCUUUACUUUAUUAACACAAAUUUAAAAAAUUCUUGGAACUAAGUAUUUUUCCCACCAUCUUACUGACAGUUAUAUAUCCUGUUUCUGACUCUUGAUAAAUGUUCGAGUAAUAUUCAUUAACUUGAAGCAGGUAUCAGCUAUUUCUACCUGACAUUGUUUAGUGUUAUAGUAAAUUUAAUUGUAAACGACACCGCAGGUUUAGAAAUGAAUUAUAUCUGGUAUUAAUUAUUUAGAUUAUUAUAGAGGACUUGUUUAAUAAUAUAAUUAUCCUUUUAAUACCACAGACUGAAUUAUUGAUUAAUUGUUAGAAAAUAUACCUUGUGUAAGCCUAAGCUCCGUCCUACGCCCUACAGUAAUUACUUCAACACAGACAAUUUAAAGAGAUACACACUGUCAGAUCAGGAAAACAUGACGCCAUCACCCUCGCAUAAAAUAAAAGUACUUUGGUAAAUUAUGUGAGUCUUGAGAGUUAAAGGUAUAAAUUCACCUUUAUGAAAGUACUGUAGUCAUUUUUAGUCUCUCUUGCCAUUCUUGAAGUGAUAGUCCGGAGUCCAGCACAAUUCAUAGAGGCGCAAAACAGCAUUUCCAAUCGAAUUAAUAACUAAACAUAAGAUUGAAUAUUUCGCAUACUACAUCAGUCAUAUUUUAUCUUCCUGCGAGUGAAUAGAAUAUCACCUUUGUUCCAAAAUUGCCCAGAGUGAUAUCAGAAGCUGUUAUAACCAGCUGAUGUGGUCUGUGAUGGCGUGUGAGCGUUAUUUCUAGAGAUUUUAUUAUGUUUAUAUAAACAGAUAGUAAUAUAGUUGUUAUGAACUGAUCAUCGAGGCGAGUGUACAGUAUUAUUUAAUAUAUAUCACAGUUUUGUUACAAUUUGUUUCCGCGCACUUGUUUCCCGCAGAGAACCUCCGUGUUUUCAUUCUAUCGGUUUUAUUAAUUGCCAAAUGUACAAAGUUGUUUUAAAUAAAAUUAUUGUUUAUGU